AUGUAUGUUCUUAUUGAAUGCUGUUAUGGAGAUCAGCCGGAUCGGUACUCUUUCUCGGUCCCCGUGGGCAGCGCCACCGGAACCCGGUUUGCCACCUCUGGAACGGGUCGCAUCACCGCAGUCAGAAUGUGGGAGCGGAACAACAACAUUGUCACUGGAUUUCAGCUGAAGUAUGGCUUCGCCUGGACUCCUAUGGUCGGAAACAUCGGCACCAACCGUGUGAGCAUUUCCCUCUUCGAGGGCGAGGCCAUCGUCCAGGUGUCGGGAAAGUACAACCCCAGCAACUUCAUCUACCAGCUGUUCUUCGUAACCAGCAGGGGGCGUUUCCUGGCAGCAGGCCAACCAACCGGCCUGUCCUUCAACCACUACCCCACCAACGCUGAGAGCGAGCUGAGGAUCCUCAGCGGCCGUGCCAACAACGUGGGCAUCACCUCCCUGGGAGCGCACUGGGGCGAUGUGGAUUCCAUUGGGUAUGAAAUGCACAUGGCAGGCAACACCACAAGCAUGGCUCUGAACUAA